UGCACGCUCAUCAAAAUGCCUCUCAUUUGUUUCAGAGAUGAUGCAGAGGUUCAGUAUGUGCUGGUGACCGAGGAGAAGACUUGGUUUGAGGCUCAGAGCUACUGCAGGCAGCAUCAUACAGACCUAGUCAGUGUGAGGAGUCCAGCCGAGAAUGAGGAGGUAAGGGAUAGACUGUGGAACAACACCGGCGUGCAAGAGGCCUGGAUUGGCCUGCACAGAGACUCCUGGAAGUGGUCGGACGGCAGCAGCUCCUCCUUCAGACACUGGUGGUGGUUAAAGCCCGAUAAUGUCAACAACUCUCAGGCUUGUGUUACCAUGGAAAAAGGGAGUUGGAGCAAUUGGAAAUGUUCCACCAGAUUCAACAUUCUCUGCCAAAAAAUAACUGAAGUGACACCAACUCCAGUGACUGAACCCACCACCAUCAGACCAGCUGUUCAGAAAAGGACAACCGUGAAGAUAAAGUUUCAGACUGACUCUGACCUGAAAGAUCCCAACAUCAGACACAAAGUCUUACAGCAGCUCGAGGCAGCAUUUAACUCGCAGGGCUUAACUGAUGUCAAACUGUACUGGAGGACGUUAAGUGUGGAGCCGCGGCCACAAAAAAGAACAACAGAUGCGUGUGGAGAGGGAAUAAAGUAGAACAAGGACUGGAGAGAAAACAUGAAAACAAGAAA